CACAUCCAUCCCACCUCGUCACGCCCAGCAUGGACAUGGCCAUCGACGGCGCCGCCGCGCCCUCGCUCGCCUCGCUGCUGCACCAGUCGCGCUCGCUCGCCGCACAGCAGGGCCGCAGCGACCUGCCCGCCAUCCAGCUCGGCCUCGAGCAGAUCGAGGCGCAGUCGCGCCGCCUCGUCGCCCGCGCCGCGCCGGGUGCGCCGCCGCCGGGCGCCCACGAGAAGGCGCACUACUUCCUCGCCGGCGCCGGCGUCGAUGCCAGCCAGCUGGGCGCCGACGUGCGCCGCGUCGAGCUGCGCGGCGCGUUUGAGAUGCUCGAGGCCGUCGGCGACACGGACGUCGAGUCCUUCCUGCGCCACUCGCACGAGCAUCUCAUCCUCUCCUCCAUCGAGGAGGGCCGCCGGGAAACGCUCGCCGACUUCAACCAGAGCAUGGCGCGCGGCAUGGCGCACAACUGGCAGAAGCAGCGCGCUCGCAUCUUCGAGGAGCUCGGCCAGCACGCCAGCACGAGUGCCGUCGAGGACUUCACCUCGGCCGGCCCGCAGCGCGGUGCCUCGGCGCCGCCGCAGACGCAGCUGCACGGCCGCAUGAUGCGCUACGACUCGGUGCUCUCGUCGCUCUCCUCGGCGCGCCUCGCCUCGCAGCCCUUCCCGCUGGCGUCGGCGCUCAGCACUGCCGUCUCGACGGCCGCCUCGCCGUCUGCGGCCGACGCGCCGCUGGCCGAGGCCUGGGCGGCACUCGCGUCCAUCGUGGGCGAGCAGGUGGAUGCGAAGAAGGAGCGCUUCGUCGGGCCCGCUGUGCGCGAGCGCCAGUUCGCAUGCGCGUACGGCGACGCGUGGGAGAAGGAGAGCGGCCGCGAGCUGCGCAACCAGAUCAGCCGCGGCGGCAUGGAGUUCCUGCAGCGCCAGUUCGAGCAGCACAUGGACUCGACGAUCGCGGCGAACCCGGUCAAGGCGCAGCUGGGCGGCGCGCCGAGUAUGCGGGCGCGUGUGGCAGCCUUCGUGCGCGUGGUGCACCUGGAUCGGGACGGCCGCUGGGCCGGCGACCUCGAGCUCGUCUCUACGGCGCAAGGGCCGGUGCCGGUGUGGGCGCACAUCUACUACCUGCUGCGGACAGGGCACUCCUCGCUGGCGCUCGACGUGGCGUCGGAGCACGACGCCGCGCUGCGCUCGUCCGACCAGUCGGGCAGCAGCAGCAGUGGCAGCAGCUUCGUCGCCUAUCUCAAGGCCUGGCUCGACAGUCCCGACCGCCGGCUGCCCAAGGCGCUGCGCGACCGCUUCCUGGCCGAGUACAACGCGCGCUUCCGCUCCUCGUCGUCGCUCGACGCCUCGUCCGUCGACGCGUACAAGGCUGGCCUGUACAAGCUGCUGGGGCGCAUCGACAUCAGCAAGCGCUUCCCGCCGGCGCUGACGCGCUCGACGGAGAACUGGCUCUGGCUGCAGCUCUCGCUCGUGCGCGAGCAGGACGAGGGCAAGGAGCGCUACGGCCUCACCGAGCUGGCUGAGAAGCUCGUCGGCUACGGCGAGAAGCACUUUGACCCGAAGGGCACGCGGCCGAUGCACUACUUCCAGGUGCUGCUGCUGUGCGGCGAGUUCGAGCGCGCCGUUGCAUUCCUGUACUCGCGGCCGCAGCACCAGGUCGAUGCCGUACACUUUGCCGCCGCGCUGGCGUACUACGGCCUGAUGCGCGUGCCGACCAACGCACAAACAUCACACGUCGACUUCUUGACCGUCGAGACGACGUCGUCGGGCGCACCGCGCGGCCUGCUCGACUUUGCGAAGCUGAUCCAGCGCUACGUGCGCCUCUUCUCGCGCUCCGACGCCCGCUCGGCGCUGCAGUACCUGUACCUGAUCUGCCUCAACUCCGACGCGCCGGCACCCGCCGGGCAGGAGCAGACGAAGAAGUGCCACGACGCCAUCCGGCAGCUCGUGUUCGAGACGCGGCAGUACUUUGACCUGCUUGGCGACAUCCGCAGCGACGGCACAAAGAUUCCCGGCCUGAUCGAGCGCAACCUCUCGCUCAUCCACCUCGCCAACUCGCGCGACUACACGAGCCAGAUCGUGUGCGCCGCCGCGCGGCAGAGCGAGGCCGAGCACCGCACGCGCGACGCGAUCCUACUCUACAACAUCGCCGAGGAGUACGACACGGUCGUGUCGGUGAUGAACCGCGAGCUGGGCGCCAGCCUCUUCGACACGCCGGCGCCGAGUGCCGUCGCCGACGCCAGCGCGUCCGGGACGCCGGGCGCGGCACGCCUGCAGCCCGAGGCCUCGCUCGCCGCCGCCGAGGACACGGCACAGCUGGCGCGCGCCAUCCUCGACAGCUACGAGCAGCAGAACCACAUUGUGCGCGCCAUCACGCCGCGCAAGCGCGAGACGUGCAAGGUGCUGCUGGCACUCAAGGAUGCCGUGGCGCUGUACGCGGCAGGCGAGCUGGAGAAGACGCUCAACACGGUCGAGUCGCUGGACCUGAUCCCAUUGAACAAGUCCGACGUCGUCAGCAUCACGCGCGCCGCCGAGCAGUUCAAGGACAUGGACGAGGCGAUCGCGCGCAACAUCUCGCACAUCUUGCUGCUCGUCAUGGAGACGCUGUACAAGCUGCACGGCGCGCAGGCGCAGAGUCCCUUUGGCGACGCGGCGCGCCAGCAGCGCAUGAACGAGCUGCGCAACAAGGCGCGCGUGCUCAUGAUGUACGCCGGCAUGCUGAGGCUCCGCAUCGAGCAGUCGACGUUCUCGCAGCUCACGCGCCUCGACGUCUUCAUCCACUAGCCCGUGCGGCCCUGUGCCCCAGCAAUGCACUCAUGCAAGCGACUCAUGCGGAGAGAUG